AUGGGACUGAAGAACAGAUUCCAGUUGCUCCCUCCCCAGCCCCUCUCGUGGUGCCAAGAUGGCAGCGAUUGUGGGCAGCAGAAGUUGCCCCGGGCCUGGCUCCAUGCGGGGCCACAUACCAGGCCAGCUGCAGAGCUUCGGCAAAAGAAAAUGAAUGUGACUGAAAAUGUCAAAGUUAAGAAGAAAGUGAGAUUGAAUGAGAUACCCAUAAUCUUAGGGGAGAUAGAUAACGAAGAUAGGAGCAACGUGACUGCCGCAGCUAGAAGCAAGGUGACUGCCCCAGCUAAGAGCAGCUUGAGAAGCAACGUGACAGCCGCAGCUAGAAGCAAUGUGACUGCCGCAGCUAGAAGCAAAGUGACUGACACAGCUAGCAGCAACGUGUCUGACGCAGCUAGAAGCAACUUGACUGCCGCAGCUAGUAGCAACGUGACUGCCGCAGCUAGAAGCAAGGUGACUGACACAGCUAGCAGCAACGUGUCUGACGCAGCUAGUAGCAACGUGACUGCCGCAGCUAGUAGCAACGUGACUGCCGCAGCUAGAAGCAAGGUGACUGACACAGCUAGUAACAACGUGUCUGACGCAGCUAGAAGCAACUUGACUGCCGCAGCUAGAAGCAACGUGACUGAUGCAGCUAGAAGCAAUGUGAUUGCCGUGACUGCCGCAGCUAGUAGCAACGUGACUGCUGCAGCUAGUAGCAAUGUGACUGCAGCAGCUGACCCCAAAGUGACUGCUGUAGCUCUAGCUCUAGUUAAGGAUGCCAUCGAUGCUGCUAUUAAGUUUGUGGAAGAAGCUGAAAACCCCAUCAAAAAUAUCAAGUGGAUCACACACGGUGAAUUCACAGCAGAAAGGGGCCGUAAACAAAUUGAGCAGUUCGUUUCGAAGUGGGACCAUCAAAAACGCUGGGUGAACUGCACAAAGUUUGUAUGGAGAAAAGACGUAAUUCAUAGCUUCCACUACAUUUACUGUGUACGCUGGAGUGUCCCAACCGCUGUAACACCCACGGCGGAAGUCAGUGCUGCUGCCUACUUCACCAUCAAGAUCAACAAAAACAAACCUCCGGAUGCACCUAUUGAUGUCUCUUAUAUCUUUGAGGAGCAGUCAUUACUUCAAAGACCAGGAAUGGCUCGCUUUCGAGAUAAAUGGCCGAAGGACCUUAUUGAGGCCAAACAUAUUUUAAUAGAGUCAGUCAAGUCAUCACUCAAUGUUGUCUGA